AUGUUUGAUUUCGGUGGAGCUGGCGGUUGUAAUGGCGGGAAUUUCAUCCCUUCAGUUCAAUAUUUGCAAUCAAAGAACGGAACUCAAUUUCUUUGGCAAGAUUAUCCUCUAGGAUCUACGAAUGUUUGCCAAACCAAAGGCUCCGUUUCCCGACAAAUAAUCGGACCUACUCUUAGCUACGCGGAAGUGAAUUAUUAUGAUGAAGCUGCCCUGUUGCAAGCUGUUAGUCGAGGACCAGUUUUCGUGGGUAUUAAUGCAGCAGCACAAGGGUUUCAGUACUAUGCAAGUGGAGUUCUCAACUUGUCGGCAAACGACUGUAAUCCAUAUGCGUUAGAUCAUGCUGUGACACUUGUUGGCUAUGGUUAUGAUUCUACAACGCGAUUGAAUUAUUGGAAAGUGAAAAAUAGUUGGUCUACGACAUGGGGAGAAGGUGGCUAUGUUCGUAUUGCAAGAGGAACAAAUGUGUGCGGCAUUGCUACGAAUGCGUACGAAGGAACGCUUUGA